AUGGUUGUUCAACACGGAGACGCUCACCACAUCCCCAAGGAGCACCGGGUUCACAAACCCGGUUACUGGCUUCCCGCCGACCACCGCGUGCACCGCGAAUAUGUCCGUCGCAUAAGCAAGCACGCCGACGACAACCCCAAAGACUUGGUGCCAGUCCUCCAAGAGUUCAAGGAUUUCAUCGAAAAGACACCCCGCGUGUACAUGUACUUUGUGCAGAUGUUUGAAGAGAUUCCUCAGAAGCACCCCUACUGCAAUGAUCCGACGGGUACGCCGCAGAUUAGGGACUAUGAGCACAUGUUGCAGGUGUUGAAUCAUAUCCUUACGAGGGCGCCCGAGUGGACGGAUGCGGCGGAGAGCGUGGGCAUGGUGGGUGUCCCGAUGAAUGCGAUUUUUGACUAUCCCAUGGGGACGCCGAGUGGUUAUGCCGCUUUCUUGGAUCCUGAUGUGAAUCGGAUGCUCAAGAAAGUCCUCAACGAAUGGGGCAAGUUCCUCCAGACUCCCGAAUCGGCUGAAGUUUUGGGAAGCCACAAGUUGGGGUGGUUCGGUGAGACUGGCCUGGGUGAUCUCGUCGAGGUCGCCAACGCACCCAAAAAGUCCAACCUCAAGUUUGAAGAGAUGUUUGAGUGCGAUCCCUCGGCUACACACUAUGGCUUCAAAUCCUGGGACGAUUUCUUCACUCGCAAGGUUCGUGAUUCGGCUCGUCCGGUCGCGUCGCCCGAGAAUGACCUCGUCAUCGCGAAUUGCUGCGAAUCGCGUGUGUACAACAUUGAGCGAGAUGUGAAGCUGCGUGAUCGCUUCUUCGCCAAGGGUCAACCUUACUCGAUCCUCGACAUGCUCGCCCACGACCCCUUGGCCGAGAAGUUUGCAGGAGGCACCAUUUACCAGGCGUUCCUUUCCGCGCUGUCCUAUCACCGCUGGCACUCGCCAGUGUCGGGAACGGUCCGUCGAGCAUUUGUCAAGGAGGGCACGUACUUCAGCGAGCCACUGUUCGAAGGCGUCGGCGAGCCCGGCCAGACCGAUAUUUCGCUGGCGGGAUUAACACAAUCGCAGGGAUACCUCAGUGCCCUGGCUACGAGGGCGAUUAUCCUGAUCGAGGCGGACGAGCCGGCGAUUGGGCUGAUUGCAUUCAUCGGCAUCGGCAUGGAUGAGGUGAGCACGUGUGAGAUCACGGUCAAGGAGGGACAGAAGAUCAAGAAGGGUCAAGAGACGGGCAUGUUCCAUUUCGGCGGGUCAACGCAUUGUGUGCUCUUUAGGAAGGGCGUCAAGCUGGAGGGAUUCCCCGAGGUUGGGAAGAAGGAGAAUGUGCCUGUCCGUAGCCAGUUGGCGGUUGUCAAGAAGUGA